AUGAAGAAGAAAGUAAGGUCUGCGGACCAAAUAGUGAAGGAGUGGGGUGUUGCGAAAUUGGAAGAAGUGGUAGAGCUCUUUGAUGUAUACUCAAGCAGUAUAAAGGAAAAAAGUUUAGAGGACCAAUGGGAAUCCUUGUAUGAGGUAUGCAAGAGUGAGAAUAUUGAUGAAGAGUACGAAUUUUAUAAGGGAUGUAUGGAUGAAAACUUCUGCAAAAUUUUAGUGAGGAAUUGGUUCUAUGCAUCACAGAAUAAUAUAGAUUGUAAAGGAAAAUGUAGUAAGGGGGAUCAAUGGAAGGAAAUGAUGCCAGAUGCAAAGUGCGCUAUACUAAACGUAUGGUUAUAUUACUAUGAAACUAUGAUACGCCUGAUGACAUUUGAAAAUUUUUAUGUAAACAAGGCAAUGGAUAAUUUGUGGGAAAUAAUGAAGGAUGAUGAGAAGUGUGCAAGGUGUGAAUAUAGAACUGCAAAGAGUGCACUAAGCGCAAGUAAUAUGGAUGAGAUAAGGACAGUACUAGAGGCAUUAAAAGGAAAAGGAGUAAGUGAAAAAAUGGAACAAAUCCCAAGGAACAGUCGACAUGGGGAGCAAGGGGGAGGAUGCAAUUUCACAUAUGAAGAGGGGAAAGCGAAAAUAAAGGAUCAGGAAGUGAAACUGGAAGAGAAGGAUAAAAAAAUUCUAGAGGACAUAAUACAAAAGAAGGAUGUAAUAACGAAAAUGAAGGAAGAAAUUGAAAAAGAAGAGAGGCAGAAAACAGCGGUACUUCCUGCACCACCAUCUCCACCAGGUAGUACAAAUGAUAAUGACCGUUGUAAACUAUUUAAUGAAGUGAAGAAGACGUGGUUCAACAAAAGACAGCGCUUUGAAUCGAAGCCACAGGACGUCACUCAAUUCUGGAAGGACGUCGACAGCCAUGGGGAGGGACUUAUGGAAAAAAUAUUUAAAAAGAACGAUGAAGCUGACCAGUACUGUAAUGAUGAUAACGGGAAGAGUGGUACACUGAAUGAAAAGGAGAAGGCAGCAUGUAAACUUGUUGCUGGGGGGUUACAUCAUCUAUACAGUAUUCAGCUGGAAAGAGGGCCAACUCAAAACGACCCUGAGGAGAACCAAAAAUUUCAGCAAAUGGUAGGGUGCAUGAUGAUAAAUUCUCUUAUAAAGAAAUUAGAGGAGGAAGAAAAAUCUUCCUGUCCUGUGGAUGAGGGCAUAAAGCAGGCCUUCAGUAAAAAUGAUCAAAUUAAAAAUGAAGCAUGCAAGAACAAAAGGUGUGAUCUGUGCGAAAAGGAAAAUUAUACAAAAUGCAAAAUAGACAAUCAGGAUGUAAAGAACAAAUUGGAUGCGAUCCUCCAACAGAAUAAUGACAAAAUAACGAAAGCUCUAAGUACUAUAAAUACCUUAUGCCAUCGUGUACAAUGUGUUAUGACGAAGUGGUUUGCGAAUAGAAAAGCAGAGAAUGGCGCAACGAAGACAAUGAAUGACAUGUGGAAUGACGUAAAGCAUCAACUGGAAAUAAUGUCCCCAAAUGUGAGCACUAACGAUACAGCUGCCGAUAAUUUAUGCGGAAAGGAUGAGUGGAAAGAUGGCUUCGUAACUGAGAAGGAUAGGGAGGCUUGUAGGUUCAUUAACAGAAGUUUAAAGCAUAUUUACGGUAUUACAAUAGAUCAGGGGGAUUUAACUGAUGGUAAGGUGAGUGAAAAUCCGGAAGAGAAGCACAGAAAGGCCGCUGACAACAGGAUGUUUAAACAAACUAUGUUAUGUGCAGCACUCAAUGCCUACGCUGAUAUCCUUAAGGAAAAUACAAAAGAUAAAUGCCCUUUGGACGAGGAAAAAAUUAAAAAAAUGUUUGAUAAAGGCAAUGCAAAGAUAAGUGAAUGGUGUGUGAAUGCUAAUGGUGAGAAUAAUAACUGUGUGACGUGUGAGAGGGUUGAAAAUUUAAUAUGUGAAGUAGGCGACCAAGGCAAUAGAACAAAAAUGGAGGACAAAUUGAAACCAUUGCUCAAGGGCGACACAGAAAUAACCAAAACACUAAAUACUAUAACUACUAUAAGUAACUUCUGCACACGCAUAGCGUGCGUAAGCAAGAAAUGGGGUGUAAACAGGGAUGGAAUAACUCCAACCUGGGAAAACAUGCAGGGGGACAUCAAUGGUAGGGCCAAAGAAAUGUUUGAACAUAUAUCUAAUAAAAACGCAGAUAUGGAAGCUCAUUGCAGUGGACAUUCAGAGACAACUAGUAGAAUAGUCACUGACCCAGAGAGGAAAGCAUGUCAAUACAUUACCUCGGGGUUGCAGUACAUAUAUGAAAUUGAAAUAGAUAAGGAAGAUUUAAAAGGAAAUGGUGUUGACAAAGAAAGAAAAGCCAAAGACAAUAGGGAUUUUAAGCAAACCAUGGCAUGUCUUCUCCUAAAUGCCUAUGCGGAUAGGUUGGAACAGGUGGUUAAGUCUCCCUGUACGGUCAGUAAGAAAACAAUAGAACAAGCAUUUCAGAAAGGGAAUGGGAAAAUUAAGAAUUGGUGUAAGGGUAAGGAUGUUAAUGGUCAGAAUAAUAAUUGUGAAGUUUGUGAUAGGGUUAAAGACCUUAAGAAUUGUACAGUGGGCAAUGAGAAUGUGAAGGCCAAAGUGGAUUCUAUGCUCCAGGGCAAUAAGGACAUAGAGAAAACUCUAAGCACUAUAAGUAACUUAUGUGAUCGUGCCCAAUGUAAGGACAGUUGGGACGAUAUAAAGUCAAGGAUCGACCCACUUACCGAGACCAUGUCUAAUGCGGACAACAGUGUUGACACUUUAUGCCAUGACGUUGAACAAGGAGCAAAGAAAGAAGCAUGCCAGCAAAUUGUUAGAGGAUUGAAACAUAUAUACGAAAUUAAAGUGGAAGAGAAAGGUGAGGACGGUGUCAAGGAAAAUAAUAGAUUAUUUAAACAAACUAUGGCCUGCCUGAUAUUGAAUGAAUAUGGAAAACUUCUUAUGGAAAAAUCUUGUAUAGACGAAAAUACCAUAAAGCAGGCAUUCAAUGCUGGGGAAAGUCUUCACACAACUGAAUGCAAGAGUGGGAAGAAUGAAUGUGAUCAAUGUAAUUGGGACAAAUGUACAAAUUUUAAAAUUGGACGGAAUGACAUCGACAGGCAAAAAAUAAAAAAGGAACUCGAGAAGGAUGGCAAUACACAGAAUAUUCUAAGUACUAACUGUACAUCACCAUCAAAACCAGCAGCAGUACGACCUCCUGCCGCCGCAUCACCUCAACCACUACCAGCAGCACCACCAAGUACACCCCUCAGAUCUGAUCAGGACAGUACCCCUAAGCCAGGAAACAAAGCAGAUUCGAUUCAGGGAGACCCUGGUCAGAAACAAGAAGGUAAGAUUACAUCAUCUUCUAGCAAUACUCUCAGCAGAACGGAAUGUGAGAGUGGGGAAGCAACUAGUAUAGAGAAAGCUCUUGCAUGUGCUGAAAUGUCUGGUAGUGGAAACAAUUUGGGUGAUACUCAUAUUAACAGUAAGGAUGACGAAUUUGGUCGGGGCAUUUGGUCUGUUACACAAAAUGCUGCGACGACCACUGUUGUCCAAUCUACUCCUACUGUUAUUUCAGGUCCUGUAGGUGAUACUUCACAGGGUACUACAGGUGGUCCUGGUACCAAUGGUAAGGAUGGUCAGGGAGUUCCCCAGGCUCCAGAUGCAAAAGAUAAUGCAGGCGAAGUCCCUAAGAAAACCGUAACGGAGGACGACGAUUCAAGUGGUAGUGGGGGCACAAAACAACCUCCUGCCAUAGUUGAUAGCCAAGAUAGUAGUGUCAAGGAUAAUGUUCAGCAUAUGGGGAACGAUUCUACAAAAAAUGGACCUGCGGAAACUGUUACUGCAUCAGCUGAAAACGACAAUGGAGGUAUAAAGGGUCCUAAGGUGGAUGUAUCAGUUCCGGACGUGGACAUAUCAUCAACUCCCUUAGGAGGACAAAGUCCUCCUGCAUCAUCAAGAACAACACAUUUAGGGUCAGGUGGUUCACGGGGCGGGAAGGCCGCAGACACCUCCCUUCCUGUUCCACUCCCAGUCAUUAACCCCAUAAACCCUUCUGAUUUUACUUCAUACCUUCCUUUGACUCCUGUCCUAAUUGGUACCUCUGUCAUAAGCUACCUCCUUUGGAAGUAUUUUACCGUCGAAGUCUUAGAUGAAUGUGAAAAUGGGGACACCAAACUGGUCCAGGAGGACUUCCUUAAAAUCAUUGUGGAAGAAUUUAUGGAAAGUGAAUUUAUGAAGGAAGAAAAGGUUCUUAAGGAACAAGUUUCUAUAUUUGAUGUUCCUGAGGAAGAUUUUGUUCCUAAGGAAGAAGUUCCAAGUUCAGAUUCCGGUUUCUGCCAUAAUUGGAAUCAUAAAACCAUGAACUACUUAACUCUGGAAAAAACAGAAAAAAAAAACGAAAUUGGAGAGGAGAAGGAAAGCAGAAUAUGGAAUGGCAUGAAACAAAUGUGGGACGAGCUUAUAAAUAUAUUGAGGACUACAGGGGCUGACGGAAUGAAGGAGCUCUGUGAUGAUAAAGUCGGGAAAGGUGCCGGAGUUGAAAUUCGUGGACCAGAGAAAGCAUUAUGUAAAGCCUUCUUCAAAAUUUACUAUUAUAUGAAUGGAAUGCCAAUAAAGGGCAUGAAACAGACGAUAAUUCAGGAAACCAAUGAAGAGGGAAUCUUCUUAAGAUGUGUAGUUGGAAUGACCACUCUGCACCAAAUAUUUGGAAAACACCAUUGUUUCGACAAAUACGUAGACUACGUAUCUUAUGCAAUGUCAGGACUCAGGGGAAUGAAGGAUGUUCCUGAUCAUGCUGCACUGUGUGCUGGGAUGAACUUUGAUGGGAUGAAAAUAGGGACGAAAUUUGUUGGGGCAACCCUUGCUAAGUGGAAUGAAGGACAGUAUAACCAUGUCGCAGAAGUUGGAAACAUAAAAAUAGCCGAUAAACCCAGCUGCAAGGAUGCGAAUAAGGGCCAAGGGGGCACCCCAGUGAAUAGUAUACAGGACAAGGAUAAGGCACAAUGGCUGCAGAAAGGAAAUUUGGAGGAAAUGAAAAAUAUAGUAGAGAAGAACCAGUAUGUGGCUGAGGAUAAAAUGGGCGAAGUAUUAAAAGAAUUCGAGGAAAAAAUAAAAGAAGUAAAAAGGAGGAUAUGGGAACAAAGCGGAUGCCCCAAACUUAACGCUGACGGCUUCGAAGAAGACGAAGAAGUGGACAUAGGAGAAUGGUUUACAGAAUUCUUUAAUCAUAUAGCAAGUGAUAGUAAUUAUUAUAAUUAUCAUAAUGUCGAUGCAAUUAAGGGUGUGUGUGAUGGAUUAGGGGGUGACGACGAUAAGGAGAUAAAGGAAGAGGACAGGAAGUUCUGCGAAACUCUAGUGAAAAACUUAUGGAUAGUAUCUAAAUGUAACAGUAAUAGUUAUGAUGGUGAGAAAUGUAUAAAGCCGAAGAACAGUUGCUAUUAUGUUAAACCAUGUGACCUAUUGAAAAUUUGGUUAAUGUACGCACGGGGGGGCUGUGCAUCGAAGGACGUCAUAGAAUUCGUGUUUACUGCAUUUCAUGAAAUAGAAGAAUUAAUAAAGGGAGGGGAAUUUUAUGAAAGGUGUGACCUAAAGAAGUCUAUAAGUUUGUACAGGGGGGAAACGGAUAUGUUGUAUACAAUUUCGAAUUUAAUGCAUAAUAGUCCCCUCUUAAGGAAACAGAUGGAAGCCAGAACUACAGAAUGGUGUAGAAAGAUGAAGCGCCAAAUAAAUGUAGGACACUGGGAAGGCAAAACUACAAACACUGAUCGUGGAAGGUCAAGUGUCGGGGGAGCGGGAGAGGAUGAAGAAAUGAGAGGAAUACUUGGGAAUAUAGGGAAAAAAUUAGAAAUGAACCAAAAAAUACAGGAAGAAGUGCAGAAAGCCAUGGACGAAGUCAUACAGAAGCACAUACCACAAACAACAUCGUCCAUCCAACUAAAAUCAGUCAGUCAACAAGGUACUGGUGCCUGCACCCCUGAAUUACAGAACCGCUUAGAUAAAAUGGGAAGGGAGUGGCAUGAGAUCAGGGGGUACAGGGACGGAACUACAAGAGUUUGGGAUAAAUUCUGGGGAAAGGAAGACACGGAAAAAAUAUUGCAGGACCUCCUGGAGGCUAUGACCAAUGGAAGUAAACUUGAUAAUGAUCCAUGCAAAGACUUCAAAGAGGGAGAUGAUGCAACGGAGGGAACAAAUAAGAAGGCCUGUCAAUACAUUGCUAAGGGGUUACAGCAUAUAUACAAUAUUAAGCUAACUAAGUCAGCAACUCAGCAGAACCCUGUACAGAACCAAAGGUUUCAACAGACUAUGUCCUGCAUAAUUUUAAAUGAAUUAAUAAGGAAAUUGAAAGAACAUAAAUCUUGCCCGAUUAAUGAAGGCAUAAAGAAAGCCUUUGAGGUUGGAUCAAAAUUUCGCACUUCAUGUAAGUUUGCAGAUAAUACGCAAUGUGAUGAAUGUACGGAGAAAGACUAUUCAGAUUGUACAGUAGAACAGGACAAUAAAAAGAUAGGGGACCAAUUGAAACCAAUGCUGCAGGAGAAGGAGAACGAAAUACAACAAACUCUGCGUGAUAUAAAUAACUUAUGUCAACGUGUCAAAUGUGUAGCACAAAAAUGGGUAACCAACAGAACGGAGAAUGGACAUGCACCCAACAUAAAUGGCAUUUGGGGAGAUACGAAAACUGAAUUAGGGAAACUAUCUAAAAGUAUGAUUGGAACUAAUGCAGUCACAGACAACUUCUGCGAAAACUCAAAGGGGAAGAAGGGUAAACUGAACGAUAAAGAAAAAAUGGCAUGCAGGUUCAUUACUAGGGGGUUACAUCAUACUUACAGUAUUCCGGAAAAUUUGGAUGAUGAUAAAAAAGUUAAGGGUAGGGCUAAGGAUAACCAAUUAUUUAAGAGAACAAUGUCUUGUGUCUUAUUAAAUGCUUAUGCAGAUAUGUUGCUCCAGGAGAAAGGAAAAGAAUGUUCUAUCGAUGAGACUAAAAUAGAAGAAAUGUUUCAGGAAGGAAAUAAUCAAAAGGAUACUUGGUGUGCGAAUAAGGAUGGUAGUUCUUGUGAUGUGUGUGAAAGGGUUAAAGACUUAGGUUGUACAUUAGGUGAAGCGAAAGUGAAGGAGAAAGUGAAGCCCAUGCUCGACACGAAUGAAGACAUAAAGAAAACACUGGGGGACUUAUGUCCCCCCAAAUCCGUUGUUGCCAAACCGGUAGCAUCGGGAGGGGAAAAUGGCAAAGAUCAACGAAAGAAAGCAGAUAUAGAUCCUGGUCCAGCAAAGUCCGCACCAUCAGCAACUACAGGUAGGAACGACAAUUCAGCAGGAGAUGAUGAUCUUCUACCAGGAAAACCACCGCAACCAGCAGUGCCACCAGGUAAUCUAAAUAAUGCAUCAACAGGUAAGAGUAACAUUAUUGAUACUGGGUAUAGUGUUAUUGUUGAUGGUGUUGAACUUUCUUUUGGUGAUCCUUUAAUAAGUUCUACUGGUAGUGGUUAUGAGGACGACAGUACGUACGAUAGUGGUACAUGGUCUGUUACAGAAAAUGCUGCAGAGACCACUGUUAUCAAAUCUACCCCUACUGUUAUUUCAGGUCCCAGUACAAGUGAAACUGGUACUGCUAAAAUGGAAAAGGCAGCUGCACCCGCUUCAGACGCGGCCCCCGCUUCUCCUGCACGGGGUCCAGGUGGUGGUAGUAGUGCUGGUGCCGGUGACAGUGGUCCCCCAGGGAGUCCAGGUGGUCCAGGUGCUGAACCUGGUGGUCAAGGUAGUGGUGGUGGAGGAAGUGGUGCUUCCUCUUCCAGUAGUAGUUCCUCAUCAAGUGGUACACCAGGUUCUGAUGGUAGUGUCUCUGGUGGUGAACCCGACGGCCAAGCUCCUCAGGCUCCUGUUUUACCGUAUUUUGCCGUGCCCAUUAGAAGAAGACGUUACAGAAGAGCUCACCAUGUAUCUGGUCCAACUUCACAAGAAAAACUCCUUGAUCAUGUGGACGACCAGGCAGAUGAUCCACAGGAAUAUACCUUAGUAAAGGAACGAAAACAACCAAGAUCUAUUCAAACGGGAAGAACGAAGAGGCAAAAAAAACAGGGCGUUGAUAGCCGUGUGUGUCACCGCACCAUUAUUGAUAUUCAUUUAGAAGUCUUAGACGAAUGUCAAAAUAGGGACCUGCAUUCGACGAAGGAUGACUUUUUUGAAAUUUUGGUUCAAGAAAUUAUGGGAAGCAAAUUUAUGGAGGAAAAGUUUGUUUCUAAGGAAGAAGUUCCAAGUUCAGAUUCCGGGUUUAGGGAGGAAGACUUUGUCCCUAAGGAACAGGUUCCCAGUUCAGAUUCCGGGUUUAGGGUUGGUGUUCCUAAGGAACAGGUUCAAAGUUGA